AUGUUCCGCAGAAAUAUUUACACCACUGCAAAACUCUUCCAAGCACAAUUGAAAAAACAUCUCUCCCAAACGGAAAGACAAGACCAAUCUCUUUUCAAAAGAAAUAAAAAAUUAUUAGAAGAUAUGGAAUUCCAUUCUCACAAGAAAAGAUUCACCAAAAAAGCUGGAAUGAGACCUUCCAUGGAAGAAUUGAAAAAAAUGGGCGAUGAUGCAAGAAUAGAGCAGAAUAGACCAGAUGACGGUGUUUACUAG